AUGUGGAGCUCUCUUGGAGGACGCCUGUUUGGGUUAAUCUCUGCUCCAGUCUUGGUUGCAGUUGUGUGCUGUGCCCAAAGUGCCAAUGAUCCCGGUAACAUGUCUUUUGUGAAGGAAACCGUGGACAAACUGUUAAAAGGCUAUGACAUCCGUCUAAGACCAGACUUUGGAGGUUCUCCAGUAGCCGUUGGAAUGAAUAUAGACAUUGCCAGUAUUGACAUGGUGUCUGAAGUCAACAUGGAUUAUACUUUAACAAUGUAUUUUCAGCAGUACUGGAGGGACAAGAGAUUAGCUUAUACAGGAAUCCCCCUCAACCUCACGCUCGACAACCGAGUGGCAGAUCAACUGUGGGUUCCUGACACCUAUUUUCUAAAUGAUAAAAAGUCUUUUGUACAUGGUGUUACAGUAAAAAAUCGAAUGAUCCGCCUUCAUCCCGAUGGGACUGUUUUAUAUGGUUUAAGAAUAACAACUACGGCUGCUUGUAUGAUGGAUCUACGGAGAUAUCCGCUGGAUGAGCAGAACUGUACUCUAGAAAUAGAGAGCUAUGGAUACACCACAGACGACAUUGAAUUUUACUGGAGAGGUGGCGAUAAAGCUGUAACGGGGGUUGAGAGGAUAGAGCUCCCCCAGUUUUCCAUAAUGGAUCACAAAUUAGUGUCCAAGAAUGUUGUAUUUGCUACAGGCUCCUAUCCCAGACUCUCCCUGAGCUUCAAAUUGAAAAGAAAUAUUGGGUACUUUAUACUUCAGACCUAUAUGCCGUCUAUUCUGAUUACUAUAUUAUCCUGGGUAUCGUUUUGGAUAAACUAUGAUGCAUCAGCAGCAAGAGUUGCCCUUGGUAUAACUACUGUACUGACUAUGACAACUAUCAACACCCAUCUUCGUGAGACAUUGCCUAAAAUUCCUUAUGUUAAAGCCAUUGACAUGUAUUUGAUGGGAUGCUUUGUAUUUGUGUUUUUGGCCUUGCUUGAGUAUGCCUUUGUCAACUACAUCUUUUUUGGAAGGGGCCCACAAAUGCAAAAGAAACUUGCAGAGAAAACAGCCAAGGCAAAUAAUGAUCGCUCCAAAUUUGAAAGCAACCGGGUGAAGGUGGAUGCCCAUGGAAAUAUAUUGCUUGCAACACUUGAAAUCCAUAAUGAAGUCACCGGUAAUGAAAUUACAACAAGUGUCACUGAUGUUAGAAAUUCAUCAACCUCUUUUGAUAACUCAGGAAUUCAAUACAGAAAACAAAGUGUUUCUCGUGAUGGACUUGGACGUCGUACGAUGGACAGAACUGUUCCUCAUGCCAAAAAGAACCAUCUAAGGAGAAGAUCAUCACAGUUAAAAAUUAAAAUCCCAGAUCUAACUGAUGUAAAUUCCAUAGACAGAUGGUCAAGAAUGAUAUUUCCUAUCACAUUUUCUCUCUUCAACCUAAUCUACUGGUUAUACUAUGUUAACUGA